UGAGAGGGAGGCAGCAAUCGUAGAUCGUUGUGCUUCUGCGUGGAGCCGUGGACUUGCCUCGUAGUGAUCAUGCUCGUAGUGAAUAUUUAUCAAAUCAUUGUAUCAUUCAUUUACUCCAUUCCCUGCCGUAGAUCGGAAAAUAAACACCGCGUAGAUAGUCGCGUUCGUUUUUGAGGUUAGGUUACUAGGAUCAUGAAAACCUAGUCCGGCGACUUUGACUUCAAGAUUCGGGAACACGAGAUCGUUUGUUCGUCUCGUCCACGGCGGGAAUGUCGGAGCGAUUCCUUGCUCCGGGUCUAUUCGGGAAAAUCGUUUCGGGAAAUGUCUUACAGUGAUGGCGGGGGACGUUCAAUACGAAAAUCAGGAAGCAGGUCUCCGAAGAAGUUGCGCGUGACAAAGGCUGAGAAUAGUGACAGGGCAACAACAACAAUAAGUUAUAGUAACCACCACCAUCAUCACCAUCAUCGUUUCGGGGAAGGGAGUCAAAAUCAACCCUCGAUUCACAAGCGGAACCUCUACGUCGUCUCGUUCCCCCUGAUUUUUUUGUUCAAUAUCCUCCGGUCCCUCAUUUAUCAAUUGUUUGUCGUUUUCAAAUAUUUGUAUACCUCGUCCUCACAUUUGAUUCACAGAAGGCGGGUGGCGAAAAAUUCGUGUCAGCUGGAAAUUGUUGUGGAUAGGGAAACCGCCGAAAAUUUGUUGAGGGUUUCGACAAGACAGGAGGAAGGAAUGUCACACAUAGUCAAAAGACCGGGACCUGGACCUGGGGAUCCUCUCCUUGCUAAGCAGAAACAUCAUCAUCGAAGGGCCUUUGAGUUCAUUAGCAAAGCUCUCAAAAUUGACGAAGAAAAUGAAGGUCACAAGGAAAUGGCCAUCGAACUCUACAAAAAGGGAAUCGGAGAACUUGAAAAAGGCAUAGCAGUCGAAUGUUAUGGUGGACGAGGGGAAGUCUGGGAAAGAGCUCAAAGACUUCACGAAAAAAUGCGAACAAAUCUAGCAAUGGCCAAGGACAGACUAGAUUUUCUUGCGAGUGUGUGCGAGCUGAAAAAGAUGGAAAUCACCGAAGAAGCUCCUGGAUCAGAACAAGAAACGGAGGAUGUUUCUGAAGAAUGUCCUGGAAAACAUUUAAGAGCAAGGCGAAAUUUACAAGUCAAUCACAAGCAUACAAAUCAAAAUAAUUCCAAAAAUACAAAUCACACACAAUUUAAGCCACAGACACAAACACUAAAUUCUAGACAUAAUUCUUACACUCAAAUCCCGAAGCCUCGUUCUCCGAAAAACUAUCAUGCUCGUAUUGCCGAAGGGAGGAAAAUGACACCAGGGAAACGAAUUUCGGGAGCUGUGCUAAGCAAAAGUCAAACUUUACCGCGAAGUAUGGGAAGAUCGACGCCUUCAUUACCUGGUCAUCGAGCAGUGCCGAUAAAACCUUGUUCUACGCCACCUUCUGUGAAAAGACAAUUGUCCGUUCCUGGGAAUGGGUCACCGAUUAGAAGACCCGGAACACCUGGUGCAACAAACAGCAAUCGAGGAACUCCAACGAGGAAAGUUUCAAAUUUAAAGGGAGUGGAUCCUAAACUUGCUCAAGUUAUACUUGAUGAGAUUUUGGAAGGAGGAGCCGCUGUUCAAUGGGAUGAUAUCGCCGGACAAGAGACUGCAAAGCAAGCUCUCCAAGAAAUGGUGAUUUUGCCUUCCCUACGACCGGAAUUAUUCACCGGUCUGCGAACUCCUUCCCGAGGAUUAUUACUCUUCGGACCUCCAGGAAACGGGAAGACUCUUUUAGCUAGGGCAGUUGCUACUCAGUGCAACGCCACCUUCUUUUCCAUAUCAGCGGCAAGUCUAACUUCCAAAUACGUAGGAGAGGGAGAAAAAUUGGUGAGGGCUCUUUUUACGAUUGCUCGGGAGCUACAACCUUCCGUCAUUUUCAUCGACGAGGUUGACUCACUUUUGAGCGAACGAAGAGAUAACGAGCAUGAAGCUUCCAGACGUUUAAAAACUGAAUUCCUGGUGGAGUUUGAUGGGCUUCCUUGUAGUCCAGAGGAGAGAGUUCUCGUAAUGGCUGCGACAAAUCGACCUCAGGAAUUGGAUGAAGCAGCUUUGAGGAGAUUUACAAAACGAGUUUACGUGUCGCUGCCAGAUUCGAAGACGAGGCUCGUUCUUUUGAAAAGACUUUUGGGGAAACACAAUGAUCCUCUGACUGAUGAAGAGUUAAAUCGAAUGGCCGCUUUGACGGAGGGAUAUUCUGGAAGCGAUUUGACGGGAUUGGCCAAGGACGCAGCCCUCGGACCGAUUCGAGAACUGAAUCCAGAACAAGUGAAAGAAGUCGAUCUAAACCUCGUGCGUAACAUAACAAUUCAGGACUUCCUGGACUCUCUAAAAAGAAUCCGCAGGUCGGUAUCGCCCUCAAGUUUAGCCGCUUACGAAAAAUGGAGCCUCGAGUAUGGGGACGUAAGUCUCUGAUUAAAAAAUCACGCGAGAAAAAGUUCCUGCUCACAACUUGACUCUCGCAAAUUUUAGCAGAGCUCUAGCUCCACUUCUUACAGUCACUGAGCACCUUUUCUAUUAAAUUUAGCAACAGAACAAAUUGAAUCUGGAGCCUCGAUUCCAGUUAAGCGAAAACAAAUUCUUAAUUACAUAGAUAAUUGGAAAAGGAAAAAACUGAGGCAAGCGCAGUAAACUAAAAACUUCUAGCGGCUUUUAUAUUCCGGACGAUUGUAAAUUGUACCAUUUUUUCGCACUCGUCAAUCAAUUUUGCACUAAAGAGGCAAGCUUCCCUUAUUUUGCCGAUUUCUCGUGCAAGCGAAAAGACUGUUUGCGUUUACUGUUCUCUCGAACAUAUUUUAUCUCAAGUCGGACGUACAAACAAGAAAAAGUUUUGCCUCUCGAUUCAAACCAAUUUGCUCCUCAUUUUGGAGAUUUUUAAACUCGAGUAAAAUCGGCUGCAUUCGCCGAAUAAAUAUUCAAUUAGAUGUCACAAUAUUGUCUUUAUAAGAGACUUGUUCUCAAGAAAGCCUGGGAGCUUUUUUCAAUUAUUUGUAUCUAUUUUGAAUCUAUCCUACUUGUGAUUAAACCGAGAACGAAAUAUUUACUAAUUCAAUAAGACAGAUGUUGAUAAAAGAAAAUAUCGAUGGGAAUAUUGAUAAUUUUUUUUCAUCAGAAAUAUUUCUCUAACGCUUCUUGAAUCUCGCUCAAAACUCUACAAUCCAAAGAACCGAUAGUUUUUGCAGAAUAAAAUACAACAAAACACCCGAAGUACCUAAACGAUAAAAAGAAUAAAAAUCGCAUUUUGAGCUUAAGUGAUACAAAUAAAGUAAAUUAAGAUAAAAGUCCAUUGAGAUAAUAUGCUAGAAGUGCGCUAGAAAAUUGCUUUAGGCUUGAGCAGAAAAGAUUGGCGAAAAAGAGAGAUUUUUGUGACGGCAUCGAAUGGAUUUGUUUUCCUAAAGACUCAGCGUGAGAAUUUAUUGUAGACAACGAAAGGGCUAAAUGAUAUCUUCCAAGAAAAAGAGGCUUUACAGCAGAUGGUUAUUUGAAUAUUGAAUUAUUGCAAAGUAUUUUUAUUCCAUAUAUGUAUCAUUAACGUUGUCGCUGAUUAUUCGAGAUGUUUAAAAGACGUUCAAUUGUUCAUCCGUUGCAUUCCACAAAUAUUUAGUCUAGGAAUUUAGUUGCGCCUAAAAGGCACGAUUUUUGUGAACGAUUCGCAAUUACGCAAAUUGUUGAGGAUUUUUCCAAAGAGAAGGGUAUCAGAUUGCUAAGGAAUUCCGAAAGUUGGUUUAGAUUAGAGAAGCACUUUAGAAAGGACAUUAAAAAAAGAAAACUCUCUCGGAGGAUCAUCGGUUCAGAUCAUAAUUUAUGCCAACGCAGCAAUACGCACUUUUUCGCAGUUUUUGAGAAAAUCGACUUUGAAAUAUCCGCAGCACGCGACAUAGAGUUUGACGAAACAUACUUUAAAUCGUGCGGUAGCACAGCUGAAAGGACGCGUGUUCGAUUCUCGCUUCCUGCACUUUUUUAUUUUAUUUUUUACUUAUUAGAAUGUUUAUAAAUUUAAUUUCCUUUAAUUAUCAUUAAAAAUUAUGCAAAUAAUAAUUUUUAAAUACCUUUUUCACGGAAAAACUGAUCUUUUUUAACUUUAUCAUGCUUUCCGUAACAAAUUUAUUUUCUAUAAAUGUUAUUGAAAGUCAAAAGACUAUCCUCCAGGUCAAGACGGUAUUUAUAUUUCGUAGCAUACGAAGCAAAAAAUUUGUUUGUUAUAAAAAAAAUCAGGUGUUUGCCAAUAUACACAUAAGAAAAUCUUGUUCUUGUAAAAACCUUCAUGUUUCUAAUUUUAAACAUAAUUGGUAAAUGUGGAAAGAAUUAUUAACAUUUAUAGAAACUAAAUUUGUCAUUCAGUUUUUCCGUGAAAGAAGGAAUUAUAAAAAUUAUUAUUGGGAUAAUUUUAAAUGAUUAUUGGUGGAAAUUAUAUUUAUAAACAUUUUAAUAAAUAAAAUAUUUAACGGAAAAAUGUGGAACGCGAGAAUCUAACAUGCAACUUUUCGACUAUGAAGCCGAAGCGAAAAAUUGCAUAUUACUGCUUUGGCAAAUUAAAAUUAAACAAUAACUUAAUAUAGAAUUAAUUUAUGAGCCGAAACUAAAACUGACAAUUGCCGAUAUCCCUUUGUAAACCAGAGGAAUGCAUUACCCAAAAACAGAAUGGAUCUUUUAACAUGGAGGUAUCGAAAUAGGUUAGGAUAAAUUUGAAAAAUAGUUCAGGAAAUAUUUUGGUAGGAUUGGGAAUUACAGUUUUAGAAGAGAAAUUGGAAAAUUAAAAACUGAAGUCAUAAAUUUAAAAAAUCAUGUUCUUUCUAAGAAGAAAGUCGCUCUCUGGCUCGAAAUUAAAUCUCGAUUUGAUAUUUAUUAAUCAAUGAUAAUUAAUUAAAAUAAGCUAGGUUGUAAAUUGAUGAGAAUGUGAUAAAUUAUUAUUAUAGUUAUUGUGGGCGUGAUUUUAAAUUCGCUCUUCGUUGUUGAGUGUUUUUGAGAGGAGAUUUUGAUUGGUGACUCAGCAAAAAUUUUGCAAAUUUGAGUACAAAAGAGCUUCUAAAGUUUGUAAGGGUCGCUCACGAUAUUCACAUAGUGAUAUUAUUUGUAUUAUAAUUAUUAAUUAUGAAUGAAUGAAUGAAUUCUUCGGAAGAGAGAAUUUAAAUUCUUAAGAACGAUCUCUUUUUGGAUAUUUUUUUCAUGAAAAAUUGUACACAGAGUUCUAAAGGAAGUAGUUUUCAUUAUUCGCAUUGAUAUAAAUAUUUUGUAAGACCUCGGAUACGGAUCUCGAAAACUUUAGAACUCUUAGCACACUAGCCAUAUAAAUACGAAUCGCACUUUCAAUCUUGUAACUUUAUCGCCUCUCGAGCCUGAUUAAAAAUAUAAGCUUUUCUAUCAUUUUUUGCGGACCGAAUUUUAAAUUAAACGAUUGAAUCGAAAAUAUUGAGAGCGGCGCUGCUCAUUUGGAACGAAACUUCACAUGAGAUAAUUGAUCUCACAGCCUUCUAUAAUAUAUUCAGCUCUGCCUUGAUCCAGUUAUUUUGCUACUUUUAUAAUAACAAAUAAUAAUGAUAAGUUAAUACUUAACGAUAACGAGAUGCAAAGUUUGCAGAUUAAUUCAAAAUCUAGUCUUUGAAAAAUCAAUUUUUCCCAAGAUUCAAAUUCAAGAAUCCUUAGAAAAGAAUCUUGAGAAUUAUCCAGUUUGCCAUAUUUAAAUUAGCUGAAAAUUAAUCAUUAAUAAAAAAAAAGUGUUCCGAAAUAGUUGUAGAGUGAAAGAGUGCGAAAAUAGAUUUUAGAAGUCUUUCUAGGAUAGUUGAAUGGCUUUUGUGAAUUGUCUUCGUUCGGUGUUUUCGUAUCUGUGAAAUGUGAACUUCGAGCGAAAAUUAAAUUUUCUGAAGGAUAAGAAGGACCUCUUAAAAUUGACUGGAAAUUGUUACCUGUCUUUAUUUAAUAUUUAUUAAUGUGUCAUUGAUAUUAUUGUAAAAUGUAAAAUAUUUUAUGUCGUAACAGUGAGCAGAUAUUGCAGUAUUCAGAAAUCUGUACAAUUUACACGUACUUAUUUAUACACUCACGAUAUUUCUAGUCUCCGAUUGUAAAUAGAUUUAUUACCUAAUUAUUAAUUAAAAUAGUAAUUACGCUACUCAAAGUGCUAUAAGUUAUUAAUAAGAGAGGAUUGUGGGAAAGCGAUUGCCGAAUAAAAGACAUUCUUCGUUCAACAGAA